AUGGCUUCAAUUUCUUGCUAUUCUGAAUUUUCACUUAAGACUGGAUGGAUGCGUAAAGUUUCUGGAAGUUCCAAUCAAUAUGUUGUUGCUGAAAUUUUCUGGACAAUCUUGAAAGGGCCUAUAAAUUUUGAGAUAAGUUUCUUUGAUGCUCUUUUCGUGCUUUUUUGUGGAAUUAUGUUUGAUGCAUUCAAUAAUACUAAAUCUCCUUCGUUUAAUUCUAGUCCAAUGCUUGAGUAG